AUGAAGACUUGGGUUAUGAAGCCUGCUCUCGUUGACCCCACCCAAAAGAGGACAUUGGUAUUAAAGACACAUCAAUCUUGUGCAAGACAAGCAGGUUUCUGCUCUUUCUCUGCAGACGGAAACAAAGAACGUGCCAAGGCAGCGGUUCUGCGGUUGAGAGCGCACCUCAACGAAGUGUCAAAAACAACUUGCGAAAAAACAACUACAACGUCAAGAACAUCAAAAGUCCAACUAAACAUAGGAGACUCUUCAACAAGUACUACAUCAAGAGCACCAGUCUCUUCCACAUCGACCCGUGCGACUAUAGCGGAAACCAUGGCGAUUCUCGACCAUUGUGCAGUUCAUCUCGAGGAUUGUACAGUUCAAGGCAUAUCGAUGGCAGUGAGUGCAGUUGUGAGCGCCUAUGCGAAGCUAGUAGGCGUGGAGGAGCAGCGUGAGCUGAUUCGCGCUUUCAUAUCCAAAGCAGAGAGCAUUUUGGAGAUGAGAUACAAAGAGUACUAUGCAGCUGUGAAGAUGUCAUUGAAUUAUAGCAGUCGUGCGGAACAAGGUCUUGACUACGUGCCAGCUCACCUGUUCAACGAGCAGGAUAUCAGCAGCCUCUCUCACGCUUUUAGUAGGAUACCAGACGAAGGGAUUGUGUAUUCAAAGUUUUGGGAAACUGUGAUUCACUAUCUGAGUGACGACGUGCCUGCUUUGGACACUUUUUUUCGACCUCAAGGUCUUGCUGUGACCCUAAACGCGCUAGCGAGAAUGACGCCUGAGACCACAACGAGCUCAUCCACCUGUCCUAACGUCAACGUCGUAUCACCUUCUACGUGCUCGAGUCAACAGCAGCACUACAACAACGAGUCCCGCUCCUCCUAUAAUCAGUUUUACUCUACGUCCACCGCGGGGGCACAGCGCCCUUUCGAUAUGAACCUAAAGUUGCAAAGAAGAUUGGAGGUUGCGAUCUCGGCACAGGCGAAAGAUUUCUCACGAGGGCAACUCGCUAUGGUGUGCAAUGCUUAUGCCAAACUAGGGCUGGAUCCAGCAAACUUCUUCUCGGAGGGCAGCCCAGUGCUCAAUCGGUUGUGCAGGCCUGUUGCACAUGAUGAAAAUCGUGGCAAAGAUAUUAACGAAAAACUACAUCAUCAAGAACAAGAAGGAGGAUUAAAACCCCAACACACAACCAUUUCUACAACGAACACGACCGAUUGUACUAUUGUUCCGCAUCUUCCUCAAGGCCGUGAAGAUCAAAAUCGAGUCCGUGUCAGUGAUGCAAUAUUCGACCGAGUUUUUCGCUCUGACAACCGUGACUUCAGAUCGGUUAGCGUAGUGCUUAACGCUUGCUGCAAGAUCCUAUCUUGUGUAUCUUCUGGUGGUGAUUCAGUUCGUCCUAGCUGCACCAAGAAUGGCCAUUUUGACAUCAUGGUUAGUACUUCUGACUCAUCUUCUCCUAGCACUACUAGCAAGAACGACCACGACACGUCGAGCGGCUCUUCCACAACGUCUUCAAGCAAUCGCUUUCAAGCUCGGAUGGUCGAGUGGUUGCAGUCUUACGUUCCUCUGAUUGAUGUGCAGAGGGAGUCGGAGCAAAACGUCUCUCUUUUUCUCAACGCGUUGGCCCGCCUGCAGAUCCGAAACGAGGAGGCCAUAUCUCUUGCGAGUAAUGCGUUUUUUGAAAUCACGAAGAUCUGCUCGACGCCUAGUUGUAUACCUGCAGCUCCUUGCCCACCUGGAGGAAGAAACAGGAUAGGCAAAUACAACAUGAUCACGGCAGAAAAGAACUCUAGGUCAUCUAGAGGGACUUCUCUUGAAGAUACCGAUUAUAGCAAUACUACGAGUACCUCGACCUUCAGCUUCACAAUAACACAGGGUCACUCUGCUGUGGCUCUAGCGUUGUCUCGCCUACACGCCUACGGUGACCUGUUCCGUGGCUUCCAGGGAAUUUUCACGGAUGAGAAACCCUGCGCUUGGAACUUUAAUGAAGUUCAACAUGCAGUCAAUUUUGCUUUCGCUAUAUGCAUGGCAUCUGCAUGUGCACCGAGUGGCUCUUCCAGGAACAAACUCGCUGAAAAUGUUAUGGGUCUCGUUCUUCAGAAGACAUCUUCACGUGGUGAACGAGGCGGUGGAGAAACUACUAUCAGGAAGGUUACCAGCAUGAGCACUUUAUUGCGUCAUACUUUGCAUGGAGCCAUCUUAGGACAGCAAGCCAGGGUAUUCACUGGCACUGCACUCGCGACACAGGCAAAGUGUCAGUUGCUCGCCUGUUUCAUGGCAACACGGCUUCUGAGCAGUGAUGUUGAAGACGGGGGCAGCUUUGAGGGAUACCUGCAGUUAAGGGAUUUACUUAAUGAUUUGCAUUUGUUACAGCUUUUUUAUUGAGCGCCGCCUCAGAUUGGUAGUAACGAGAUCGACGUCCUCAGACUAUCUUCACGGACCAGCUUUUAUUUCUGAGAAGAGAGCGAGAACUUACAUGCGCACAGUCCUCUAAUGUGUGGACUACGUAUGAAUCGAUUGCGUGCCAUACGAGAUCUCGUCGAUGAGGGGCCUGUCGACCCGCCAAGCUCUUCCCGAUUUCAGACCGAAGUUGAAUCUGAAAUCCAAAAUAUAAUGAAGACACAACCCACACCUAGCGGAUUCGCAGGAAAUACUUCAUCUACAGGAGAGGAAAAACUAGUAGCCAGGAAGCCGCUACUUCUUCUGCGAGAGGCACGUGCCUCAUUGUAUUCCAUAGACCUAUUGCUCUACAGGCCUUUGCAGCUCCUAUCAUUGAGACAAAUGAACACUCAUGCAGCUCUUUCGUCUACAGAAAAUUCUGGACGAGAAGUCGACGCCGACCUCUCUCCGGAUUCUAGACACGUAGUUAUUAAUCUGAUGAACAACGCGCAACAACAAGUUUUGAGUAACGCAUUUUUAUGUGCAACAAGUCCAAGUCC